CUGCAACUGGCACAUACUUUGUUUGACCUUUUAGUGCCAGAACAAUUAGUUAUGUUAAUCACCCAGCCCGCCUCACUAAAGACAUUAAAUAGAUUAUCAGCUGAUUGGCCAGGAGCCACUAAGUGGGCGUGUCACUAUCCCAGCAGGAGACACUCUCUGAGUGAGCACCGUGAAAGAGGGGGGAAAGAGUCUGUGUCUGUGUGUUUGUGUUUUUGUGUGCGAGAGAGCAACUGAGAUCAUUAAGAGAGGAGAGAAAGGGCGAGAGAGCAGUGGGACAGAGGGACGGGAAUGGAGAGAGCUAGAAGCUGAAAGAGAGAGAGAGAGACAGAAAUAAAGAAGUCUUGCUGGAUCUCCUCAACCAUCUGGGCUCCAUCUGUGUUUCUCCGGCUGUGAGAGGAACUCGGCUCACAUAUGCGGGGGGCUUACACACACAUGCCCCACAUAUGAAGGAGAGGAACGAGGGCACGAGGGGAAAAAAGGAGCCUUAAAACGACCCCAGUGUGUAGGACUCGCUCGUUUUUUUUUUUGUUUUUUUUUGGAAUAAGGCAGAAAGCAAAGCGGACUAUCCUAUAGAGGAGGUGAGACAGUGGAGAGAAGAAGGUUCUUGCCAUGCCCGGUUCUCCAGUGGAUGUAAAGACUCAUUCCAGACCGGCCGUGUCCGCCAUGCCCCCUCUACCCUCAGUCAACCCCAGCGGGCCCCGGCCUGCUGCCUUCUCUUCAACAGCCUUGACCAAUGGGAUGAACCAUUCCCCACCCACCCUCAAUGCUGUCCCAUCCCCGCCUCAGCGCUACAGCAAUGGACCAUCCUCUUCCUCUUCCUCCUCGUUGGCCAAUCAGCAGCUUCCAGCCACAUGUGGUGCCAGGCAGCUUAGUAAACUGAAGCGGUUCCUCACCACGCUGCAACAGUUCGGCAACGAUAUCUCCCCUGAAAUCGGAGAGAGUGUCCGGAGCCUGGUCCUGGCCCUAGUGAAUUCCACAGUCACUAUUGAGGAGUUCCAUUCCAGGCUCCAGGAAGCCACUAAUUUCCCCUUGAGGCCAUUUGUCAUCCCUUUUUUAAAGGCCAAUUUGCCGUUGCUGCAGAGAGAGCUGUUGCACUGUGCGCGAGCAGCUAAACAGACUCCAGCUCAGUAUCUCUCCCAGCAUGAGCACCUGCUGCUCAGCACGGCUGCCCCCUCACCUGCAGACUCCACCGAGCUGCUGCUGGAACCCAGCGACAAUGGCAAGAGACACAGCCCUAACAGAGGCAAAGAAAACGGCUUCCACGAGCGACCACCUGCCCCUCUGGAGCCUCCAGCCAAACGGAUCUGCACCAUUAGCCCUGCCCCCAGACACAGCCCUGCCCACCCCCUGCCACUCCCUGCUCAGAUUCACCCGACUCCGCCCCCUCUCCAGCACUACGCUCUGGAUGACAUCACCACACCUCACCUGUACAGAGAGCCGCAUCGCAUACUGGAGCUGCGAGAACUGAAGGAUAGACCACGUUUGCCAGGCAGUAACGGUGGCUACCACGAGGAGCCAGUGGACCAUAGACUGACAGAGAGAGAGUGGGCUGAUGAGUGGAGACACCUGGACCAUGUGCUGAACUGCAUCGUGGACAUGGUGGAAAAGACGAGGCGUUCGGUCAGCGUCCUGCGCCGCUGUCAAGAAUCUGACCGUGAGGAGCUGAAUUACUGGAGACGGCGCUCCAGCCAGCAGGAGGGUGCGCACAAGAGCACAGCAGCUCCCGGGACGGCGCCGUUCUCCAAAACACACAGCCCUCUGUCUGCUGAGGGAGUCAGCUCUGAUCCUCAGCGGGAGCUCUCUCUGCGUGCUGCUCCUGGAUACGUGCCUGAUGAGAUCUGGAGGAAAGCUGAGGAAGCAGUGAACGAGGUGAAGCGGCAGGCGAUGGAUGAGGUGCAGAAAGCCGUGGCAGAGGCAGAGCAGAAGGCUUUUGAGAUGAUUGCAGCAGAAAGAGCCAAGAUGGAGAAAACCCUUGCCGAGGCCAAGAGGAAAGCCACAGAGGACGCCAUUCAGGUCAUCAACGAGCAGGAGGACUCCAGUGAGUGCUGCUGGAACUGUGGACGCAAGGCCAGCGAGACGUGCAGUGGCUGUAAUGCGGCUCGCUACUGUGGCUCCUUCUGCCAGCACAAAGACUGGGAGCGGCACCACCUCAUCUGCAGCCCUGGCCUGCAGGCCCAGCCCAAACCGGCCCAAACCAGCCUGAGCGCCCGCGUCCUGUCCAAAGCACCAGAGAGUCCCAGCCUGGAGAAAACCUCCAGCACCUCCAGAGCCUCCACCCCACCAACCCCCGCAUCCGCCUCCGCCUCCACUCCUGACACCAACACACACUAAAGCAGAGAGAUCUGCACAUAUCAGACAUUAGAGCGCCAGGAAAACAGCUAUGGACAUCAGAACACCAUGCCCACAGAAAAAAGAGGCAAAUUCUUGGAAGCUGUCAGACAAUUCAACAACCAGAAGUGGAAUAUGAUGUCUCAUCCCACAUGGGAUGUGUAUAAACUGGCUAGGAAAUGCACACGGAGGAGCUUCAGCAAAUAGGUGGCAGGAAAAAGCUCUGCCGUUAUUUAUAGAUGGACAAAAAAACAGCUGGGAUCGUUGAACCUGCUUUACUUUAUGAGAAUGAAAAUAUGACUUUUUUUGCAGUUUAUGUUUGUACUCCUUGAGUUAAUUAUAGCAGAAUUUUGCGUUCUCCAGUCAAAGAACAGAAAAGCCUUUCCACAAGACUUCAUCUACUGCCUUUGUACUGGUGUUACUCCUUCUCCUUGCACAAAAAAGUUAUUGUCAGUCAUUUUCUUCAGUGUGCAUAUGGGUGCAUGUGCGUGUAUGUGCACAUAUGCGUAUGUUUCCUGUGCAUGUGUUUAGGAUCUAUUCAAGUGUCUGUACAUUGUCAGAGCAAUAUAGAGGAGCAAGGAAUACCAUGUAUCACCAAAGUUGUGCUCCAUAAAGAUUAUGUGUUUGUAUAUUUUGAUUAAUAAUCAGGAGGUGCAGAAUAAGGGUCUGCUUUUGCACCAGAGGACAGCAAACAAAACAGGACAGUGGUACAACAGCUAACUUUGCAUGGACUUAUUGUUUCUCUGUGUUGAGCAUGGCUACCAAACUGGUACUAGAAGGACCAGUCUACAUCCGAGUGUUUACCUGUAUUGAACAGAGCAUAAACUCAAAGCAAUGUGAAUGGAGAACUGGUACUAAAAUAACAGGGUGAUUUACAGUCCAGUUCCCAGGGCUUAACACCACAAAUACCAGAUCUUGUAGCCACUACAUUAGAAUAUUGUCCAGUCAGAGGUCUUAAUGGUUUAAUGGAUUUUUUUUUAAUGGAGUGUUCAUUGGUUGCAAAGAAAAACAUACAUUUGCGAAACUAUACACUCUUAAAAUAAAGGUUCCUAAGUGAUUCCUGGCUUGUAGUAACCACUUUUAGUUUCAGGAAAAACCUUUAUUUGGUAUAGAAUCUUUACAUCAACGGUCAACAACCCUAUUCCUGGAAAUGUGCUUGCAGUGUUUAGUUCCAGCUUGCAUCUAACAUGCUGCCCCCCACUUAUCUAGCACUACUGCAGAUGAUCCAGCCAGUCAAAAGACGUUAGCUAGCUGGAGCAGGUGUGGCAGAUUGUGAUUGGAACUAGGCUCUGCAGGAAGGUAGAUCUCCAGGACCAGGUUUGGUGACGCCUGCUUUACGUUAUGACAUUAAAUCAUUACAUUUUCAAAAGGUUCACUCACACUUUUUUCAUUUACGAAAACGAUUCUUUUAAGAACCGUCCAUUGAAAUGUUAAUUAAGGAACCAAAACUGGGUCUUCCAUAACAGGGCUGUCAGACUGGGUUCAUUCUGGGCCACAGCUCUGCAGAGGUUAAUGUUUUCUCUCUGCUAAUGGUCUGAAUUCAGCUCAUGAAGGCCUUGCUAAUUAGCUGAUGAGCUGAAUCAGGGUGGUAAAUGAAUCCAGAAGCUGAAGUCUGCUGAGCCGUGGAAGAAACUCAAUCUGUCACCCCUCUUCUAUGGCUUCACUCCAAAAAACUCCUUUUAGCACCCCAAGCUGGCCUCUUAAUUAAUAUUGCUAAAAUGUCAGGAAAUCAACAGCAGCCACUGAACACUGACAUCUGUGAAUAUUCAAAAUUGACCAUAUUUAACAUUUUACAGACUUUAUCUUCUCAAAUGAUGUAAAGUAAUUAAAUUUGUCAUUGAAAUAUUUAUUGUCAUGGUUUCUGAAAGCCUUUAGCAUCAUGAGAAGCAAGUUUGGUCUCAAUCUGUGCCAUAGUUAAGAAAGCAUUAAGAUUUAAAGUUCAUUUCAGAAGACAGAAUGUUUCACGAGGGAACGCUUAAGUGAUCCAUCAACUGCCUUUGAUAAUUCUUGGAAUUUUCUCAUGCAGUGGCUUCAAGAUGCUGUGAUGGCUGUCAACACUUCUUCAGGUGAUCAGGCAUCAUUGAUACUAACCGUCAUAUUAUAGCAUCAUAGAUUCUACAUAAACAGUGUCAUGUAACAACCCCUCAGUGCCAGGUUAGGGUACGGCUCUGUGAAACUACGUUACGUUUUCUGGUAUUGCCUGUAGGUGUUGCAACUCAGACUAUCUAAAUCUCAGGAGCAUAUUGUAUAUAGGUUUAUUUCCUUGUCACAUUUAGAGAGGUUAAAGUUUAAACUUUUUUGUUUUUCACAUUUAUAUCUCUCAUCAGCUACCUUCUUUUCACGUGAUAUGUAACAGAAUGAAUUCCAUUAUUUUUUCAGUAUGAAAUGACUUAUCUGUAAAAAUAUGAUUAUGAGAAAAAGAAAUCUGUAUUUUGUGAGCCACGUUUCAUUUUGUUUUCUCACGAGACACAAAGAUAAUCUUGGUAUGUAGGCAACAUGAAAUAAAGAAAUAAACAGAA